UGCUCCCUAAUCUGGGGAGAACAGCCUGAGUAGCCCAAGUGGUGAGGUCCUGAGGAGAAAGCAGCUACGUGGGCAUUUACAUUUACCACAUCCUGAAGAUCCCAGGAGAUCCUGAUGUCCCCAUUCUGCCCUAGACUGGGUCUUCAUCCCCAGCAAAGCGGAAGUCCACUGGGCUGAGGACAAAAGAUGCUGUUUCCUCACCUACCUUCCAUCUGGUGGACCUGACCCUAAUCUCUGGGACAAAGAUGGUGGGUGCGAAAGCCGUCACAGUCCCCAGCACCUCCCUAGACCUGGCACAGCAACACAGCGGAGUCAGCAGUGUCAUAGUGAAAACCCCUUUCUAUCAGGUGUCCUGCUGUGGGCCUGUUCCUUGUACCAGCUGCUGCCACGCUAGGUGGCCUUCUCUCACAGAGUCUACUUGUAGCCGCCUGUUCUACAUCCUGCUCCAUGUGGGAGCCUCAGCAGUCUGCUGCCUCCUGCUGUCAAGGACAGUAGUGGAAAGGGUCUGGGGCAAGGCACAUGGGAUCCAGAUGCCUUCAGGGUUGUGUGUCCACCUGUUUGGCCACUCUGACUGUCCAGUGCUCAGUGGCUCUGGGGCUGUAUACCGCAUAUGUGGAGGAACUGCCACCUUCCACCUGCUGCAGGCUGUGCUGCUGGUCCACCUCCACUCCCCCACCAGCCCACGGGCACAGCUGCAUAAUAGCUUCUGGCUCCUCAAGCUGCUGUUGCUGUUAGGUCUCUGUGCUGUUGCCUUCUGCAUCCCUGAUGAGCAUCUCUUCCCAGCCUGUCAUUACAUUGGCAUCUGUGGAGGCUUCACAUUCAUCCUACUGCAGCUGGUGCUUAUCACAGCCUUUGCCCAUUCCUGGAACAAGAACUGGCUGACAGGUGCAGCCCAAGACUGCAGCUGGUUCCUAGCUGUGCUGCUGGCUACCCUAGGAUUCUACAGCAUGGCAGGUGUGGGAGCUGCACUCCUGUUCCAACACUACACGCACCCCGCUGGCUGCCUACUCAACAAGAUGCUGAUUAGUCUGCACCUUUGCUUCUGUGGCCUCCUCUCCUUCCUCUCCAUCGCUCCUUGCAUCCGCCUCAAGCAACCUCGCUCUGGCCUUCUACAAGCCUCUGUCAUCAGCUGCUAUAUCAUGUAUCUGACCUUCUCUGCACUGUCCAGCCGUCCUCCAGAGAGAGUAAUCCUUCAAGGACAGAAUCACACCCUGUGCCUGCCUGGCCUGAGCAAAACGGAACUCCAAACACCAGAUACCUCAAUAGCAGUGUUGAGUGCUGGCAUCAUGUAUGCUUGCGUACUUUUUGCUUGCAACGAGGCUUCCUACCUGGCUGAGGUAUUUGGACCCCUGUGGAUUGUCAAGGUUUACAGCUAUGAAUUCCAGAAGCCCUCGCUCUGUUUCUGCUGCCCUGAAACACUGGAGGCAGAGGAAGGGCAAAGGGCUGGAGCUGCCAGGCCAGUUGACGAAGAGACCCCUCCAGCUCCUCCAGUGCAAGCCCAGCAUCUUUCCUACAGCUAUUCUGCCUUCCACUUCGUCUUUUUCCUUGCUUCACUCUACGUCAUGGUUACCCUUACCAACUGGUUCAGUUAUGAAGGAGCAGAACUGGAAAAGACCUUCACAAAGGGUAGCUGGGCUACCUUCUGGGUCAAGGUUGCCUCCUGCUGGGCCUGCGUACUGCUCUACCUGGGGAUGCUACUGGCACCAUUCUGUUGGUCCCCCACCCAGAACCCCCAGCCCCCUAUGUUCAGGGGGCACUGCCAUCGCAUCGUAUUGCCAGAUAAGAAACAGCCUCCAGUCUAG